AUAUGAGGUUUCUGCCAGGGGCGGAGCAAGGGGAGGGGCCGCCGGGGCAAGUUCCCCCCGAUGAACUUCCGGUGAAGAGAGGAUGAUCACGUGUUGAAGUCUCUGGUGAUGAAAGUGCCCCCACAACGAAGACGACGGCCUGCAAGGUGUACUAUUGUGCCCCCUCAAAGGUCCGCCCCUGGCUCCGCCACUGGUUUCUGCUAGCUUUGAGUUGGUAGGAUGGAGCUUCAAAACUGUUGAUGACUAACCUAGAGCCACUGAAGACGUCGCUGGGAGCGUUGGAGGUUGAUAAAACCAAUGUCCUUUGGGCUGACCGGGUUAUAAAACCUGAAAGGGUUCAUCCGGAGCCCACUAAAGAUCUUGAGGACGCCUGCGAGAAACUUCUCAAGGGUGAUCCUAUGACCGGGAAACCUUAUGCCUAUGGGGGCUGGGUAUUCCGGCUACCUAACCCGGAUGGGGGUGCGUCUGCGACCCAUGACGCUGAGGAUAACCGGGCUGAUUCCCCGGAUGGUCACGCUGAGGCCGGCUCUCCUCAUCUAGACAUGAACUUCACUAGGAUGUCCACUCUUUUCGAAGAUGAUGACGAUGAUGUCGAAGUCCUCAACUCCAACCGGUCUCCCAAUCACAACCCUCCCUCCCCUCCUCAAAACCCUGGAGUUGAAGGGGCUUCAACUGCCCGGUGCUCUUCCUUUGACGAUCUCAUUCGAGAUAAGCAGGUGAAGUCACCCUCAGCCCUCCAUUUCUCCGAAGGCGACCGGGUUUAUAUUCUCCGGGCCCAGGUUGAAUCCAAGUCCAAGGAGGCCGGCCAUUCUUCUUCCCGUGCUAAGGGCCAGAAAAGGAAAGGGUCCCAAAAGAGCUCCAAGGGGGACAAGAAGAAGAAGGUCAGGUUAUCAGAUAGGGAGGGGGAGUCCAUCGAAGAAGCCUUUCUAUCCCUGGCCAAAAAACUCAGCAAGGCCGGGGUCAUUUCAGAAGAGAUUGGCCAAAGUCUUUUGGAGCCAAAAGACCAGAUCUCCCAACUCACCCUUCUCCUUGAUUCUGCCAAGCUGGAGAUUAAUGACCGGGCAGAAAGGGAGAAGAGGCUGGAGGAAGAGUUGAGGGAAGAAAGGGCCAGGUUUGCCCUUUUGGAGGAGGAAGGGAAAAGAAAGGUGGCCGAGCUCAAGGAUGCAUUGGGCCAGGCUGAAGAGGCUGCCCGGUCAAAGGAGGAGGCAUUCCCUACUGAAGCUGCUGCCUGGGCUGCGUGCCAUCACUUGGAAGUUGCCCGGUCUAUUCUCACCACGCCGGAGGAAACCAUGGACUUCUUCAAGACCAUGUAUAAAGAACCGGAAGGGAGGAGGAUGAUAACUGAGAUCGGUUCCUAUGGGUUCCAAUGCGGCCAAAAGGAAGAGAGGUCCCUUCUCUAUGCCAGGCUCCAAAAGAGGGAUCCAUCCUUUGACCCAGCCAAGAUGAAACUCCCGGCUCUAUACAAAGAAGAGCCAGCUCCCCCCUUUCCCCUAGAGUAGGUUAGGGUUUGGAUUCAAAAACAUUAAAUUUUCCCAAGGCCU